AUGACCGGCGUCCUGCGCAAACGCAAAUAUAGUUCCUUGCGUCAUUGCGUGGAGGAUUGUUGCCGGUUUGGACGGCUGCAUGCAAGACGACACGUCUGUUGGCUUGAUGCGCUGGCUGCUUGGAGCCUUCGAGAGCAGCUGUGUGCUGGCUCUGUUAAGGCGGUUACCGGCAUUCUCGGAGCUUCUUUCUCAGCGUAUUUAAAAGGCAAAACGAAGGCCAUCCCCGGCGUUGUGAAUCGGUGCUACGGGUUCUGUCGUCCACUGGUUGCGGAGGUUUUGCUUUGCCUGUGGUGGUGGUCUCCGUCGGCUGCCCGUUUGCUGCGGCGGCGGAUUUUGCCGUUUGUUGGUUGCGGUAGUUCUGCCGUAGAUGUUGAGUUAUAUAUGCUCUCCACCAUGCAUGUUCUCCAGUAUGCUGCUAUUGAAGGGCUGCUUAACAUUGCUACGACACUGGUAGCUGUCAACAAGAAAGCACAAGGUAUGCGGGAUAAACGGGCUGACCCUGUACAUCAAUGGCCGCUGCGGCAAGGAUUGGUGGCGGCCGGUAUGGUAUAGGCUACUGCUUCCCGAAGGGCCCCGUUAAGGGAAAAUCUUGUUUGCUUAUACCUGGAU